AGGAGCAUCCACCAUUUUUUUUUUCUUUAAAUAUUGAGCCGAAUGACCAAAAUAUUUAGUCAUUCAUCGAUCAAAACAGUCAAAAACUUGUCCUCUUAAAUCAUAAAUGGCUCAAUCUCUCCCGCUUUACGAAAAAACAAAUAUCAAAAGACAAACCCAAAGAGUAUUGGAUAUAGUCAUAUCCAUCCUAUUGGUUUCUCUCAAUAUUUAUCGUGUAUUGUUGAUGAACAACCAUGGCGUCUCCUAUCUCCAAACCAUUGCCUUCCUUUGCGAAUUUUGGUUCUCUUUCGUCUGGUUUCUUGCUAUCAUCAUCAAAUGGAAUCCCGUCCACUACGAAACUUACCCUCAACGUCUUCUGCAACGGGAGGUGGAACUUCCGGCGGUGGACAUAUUUGUGACGACGGCGGAUCCGGUGUUGGAACCGCCGAUAAUAACGGUGAACACGGUGUUGUCUUUGAUGGCGUUGGAUUAUCCGGCAAACAAACUUGGGUGUUAUGUGUCCGACGACGGCUGCUCUGCUCUAACUUUGUAUGCAUUAAAAGAAGCAUUGAAAUUUGGAAAGAUUUGGAUUCCAUUUUGCAAAAAGUAUGAAAUUCAAGUUAGAGCUCCGUUUAGGUAUUUCUCAUCACCGCCCCAUCUUCAUACCUCUGCUGAAUUCCAAAAUGAUUGGCAAAUGGUGAAGGUAAUUGACAAUGACACAACCCAAAUUAUCUUUUUCUCUUUUAUAAUUUUCUUUAUAUAUAUUUAUGGAACGCUGUGAAGUGACAACAAACAACUUUGAGAUGUGGAUUUUAACUACUACUAGACAAGUAUCAUUUAAGUGAAAUUAAUAAAGCUACUGUUUGGUGAC